GACCUCGUGCGGUUCUCGCGAGACUCGAGACUUCCUGCGAAGACACCGGAAGAAGUUCUUUCCGUGCAUGGCCACCCCCUGAUCCAUCUGGAGCGGCACGUUGAGGAACGGUACCAGCCGGCACCAUGCAGUCAGAUGACGUUAUCUGGGAUGUGCUUGGAAACAAGCAGUUUUGUUCUUAUAAAAUGAAAACUAAGACCCAGAACUUUUGUCGAAAUGAAUACAACCUGACUGGAUUAUGCAACCGUUCUUCCUGCCCAUUAGCAAACAGCCAGUAUGCUACCAUCAAAGAAGAGAAAGGUCAGUGCUACUUGUAUAUGAAGGUGAUAGAACGAGCAGCUUUCCCUAGGCGCAUGUGGGAGCGGGUCCGACUCAGUAAGAAUUAUGAGAAAGCUUUGGAGCAAAUAGAUGAAAAUCUCAUUUAUUGGCCUCGCUUCCUUCGGCACAAAUGUAAACAGCGAUUCACCAAGAUCACCCAGUACCUGAUUCGAAUCCGGAAACUUACUUUAAAGCGACAGAGAAAACUUGUUCCCUUGAGCAAAAAGGUGGAAAGACGUGAAAAAAGACGAGAGGAAAAAGCACUAAUAGCUGCUCAGCUGGAUAAUGCAAUAGAAAAGGAAUUAUUGGAAAGGUUAAAACAAGAUACGUAUGGUGACAUCUACAACUUCCCCAUUCAUGCCUUUGACAAAGCUUUGGAACAUCAAGAAGUUGAAAGUGACUACUCAGAUACUGAAGAGAAAGAGGAGGAAGAGGAGGAAGAAGAUGAAGAUGACUUGAACAAAAGGGAAUUUGUGGAAGAUGAUGAGGUGGAAGAGAGUGACAUCAGUGAUUUUGAGGAUAUGGAUAAAUUAGAAGCUACCAGUGAAGAAGAUCAAGAGAAAUCCUCCAGUGAAGAAGAAGAAAAGCCUACUACUGCCAAACACAAAGGCAAAGCCCCAUUGAAGGGCCCCAUGAAGAGAAAGCGAGCCUAUGUGGAAAUAGAAUAUGAGCAGGAAAUGGAGACAGCGACCAGAGCCCAGACAGCCUGAGUGUUUUUAGGCAUUUUGUAAAUAGUCAGAAACAGGAAUGAGCAUUCUCAUUUUUCUACCUUUUAAAAGAUCCUUGCUCUCCAUUUUGUGUUUAAAGGAUUUGUUUUUAAACACUGUCAGCCCCAUACUCUUGUUUAUGCUUUGUGAAGGGUUGGAGGAAACGUUAAAUCUUGAUCAGGCUUUUCAUGGGAGAGGCAGAGGUAUUAAGGUAACGUUUGGGCUGAAGAAGGUUCAUAGGUUGAAGAUAAGCUUGAUCAGAAACAUCCUAUAGCUUGAGAAUAGCCUGUCAUCAUUUCUCAUUUGAUUUCUCUCAUUUAGUUUAAUCUGACUCUUCCUGAUUCAUGUGAGGUUCUCUCAGUACACACAUAGUCGCAAUCUGCCCCUUCCUUCAGGAGGAAGCGGAGGCAGAUGGGGCUAAGUAACUAGGCCAGGGCUGACCAGCUAGGUAGUGUUGGAGGCCAGGUUCAAGUGCAAGGCCUCUGGAGUUCAGGCCUAGUGCUCUACCCAGUGAGCCACACAGCUGGUUUGGAUUUCCUUCCCCUUCUUGUUUAAUUAAGACCUUUUUAAAAAAAACUUCCUGGUCCCUGCUCCUAUGGAGUUAAGGGGGGAAAAGAAACAGGCUACCAUACUCCAGUCCCUUUUUAUCUGAAUGGGAAAUCUUUUUGUUCAUCAUAAAAAACAUUAGGGAAGACACAGGAAUCCUUUUCUUCAGGUUAAUAGAUGAUGAAGGAAAGGGAACAGUUUAUCUUCAAAGUAAGAAAAAAUAUAUUUAUUUUUUUAAAAAAGCAAAUGUAUCUAUGUUCCAACUUUUGUUGUUCUUCCCGAAAGCUCCUGAACUUUUCUGAUACAAUCUAAUACUUUGUCAUCUUUGCAACUCUGGACAGCUUUGGUUAGUAGACUCUGAAACAGAAAAACAUAGUUAUGAUUUAGUGUUUUUUCUCUAUCCUGCUUUUCUCUUAUACAGUAGGUGGAAAUAACUAAAUGACAUUCUAUUCAAGUGAUUUCUGGAGUGAUCAGAACAAGUUCUAAUUUCAUGUGAAAGCAUACCUUGGGAAUUCCCCUGGCUGCCUCCAGGGCAGACACAACAAUUGUGUGAAUCACUUGGAGAUUAGGCAGCUAACAUGCUAGAAUUUGAAUACAUAAAUGAUGAUGAACACUGAGAUUUGUAUAAAUUAAUAAAAGUUUGAAACAAAACAGUGCAUGUAGAUAUUGAAUGAAACUUUGUUGAGAAGUUACCCUGUAACCAACUAAUGGACCAGUAUCCCAGUGGGAGCAGAUCGGGAGAAUAUAGAGCAUUGCAUAGCCUGCUUGGCCCUCAUGGCCUAGUGAGCUUACAUUUGCUUAUUUUUGCCCUUGGUGCCACAUAUUUCUUCCUUAAUGAAAAAUCAUUCUAUUGAAAAUGAAGGAAAAUGGUAUUUAAACUUCAUAAAUUACUGUUCAAAAUGUCUGUUGCACUCUGGCUCAGGAAAAAUCUGCUGUGGAAAAAGUGGUCUAAUCCUGACUCCUCUUUAAUUUCUGGCCUAAGAUACUCUUAAUAUUUGUAAAGAAAGGAAUCUUUAAGUCCUACUAUACAGUAACUUUCACCUUCCAGCACUAGCCACAUUUAUGAAGACUUAGGGUCACAAAUUUUGGGGCACAUGCAGCCUUGAUUUCAAAACAGUUUGCCAGUUUAUAAAAAUCCAGUUUUAAUUAUAGUUCUAAGUGUGACUACUUAAAAAAUAAAACAAAAGUAUUUACAU